AUGUCCGUGGAGGGUUUGGAAUACGAGACCAUCGUACAGAAUGGACCCAAAAAAGUUGCAAUGACCACCGGAAUAGACCGGGACACGAUAAGAGCGGCUUACGAAGAUGUGCGUUCGGAUGGAUCACCCACAGAAUGGGCAGUAUUCAAAUUCGAGGGAGCGCGGAUAAUCUGUUCCGCGCGAGGUAGCGAUUUCUCAGAGUUCCGAACACACUUCGCUGAUGACGAGCGAGCAUUUGGAUACCUCAGGAUGCAAAUGGGCGACGAAAUGUCGAAACGCAAGAAGUUCUUGUUCGUCACGUGGGUGGGUCCGAACGUGUCUGUCAUUAACCGCGCCAAGAUGUCCACAGAUAAAGCAAUCAUCAAAGAUAUUAUAUCGAACUUUGCCGUGGAACUGCAACUAGAAAGCCAAUCUGAAAUUGACAUAGAUCAAUUCAAGGAAGCUUUAAACAGAGCCGGGGGCGCGAACUAUGGAACUGGAGUCAGGGACUUAUGA